ACUAUUCAUAUACUAUAUAUGUAUGUAUGUACAGUGAUGUAUGCAAAUUUUCUUUAUAAAUGCAGCAAGAGAAUUAACCAUUUAAUAAGCUUCUAUGAAUUAAUUCAAAAUGGCGAACUUUAAAAUUUUCCGGAGCAACUUAAAGCAGCCCUCCCGUUUAAUGCUAAUAUCUGUUCUAACCACUGGUGGUAAAAUGCACAGUCAUUGAAACCACAAAUUGAGCUUUGGGAAAAAAAAAUUUUGUCAAUACCUUCACUUACCGAAUUUCGAGUUGUUGUUGCACACAUUUUCCGCUGUAUGCACAGAUAGGUAUCGCAAAUAUCAUUAGGCUACAAUUUAAGCUAACUCGCCAAUAUCCCAGACGCGGAAAUUCUGUGCUCUAGUAGAGUGUAGUCGGCCAGCAUUCAGUGUGCUUGUAUUUUACUUUCGCCCAACAUGAAUUGGCAACGGGUUUUAGGCAUAACCAACGGCUUUUUGCUGCUCACCGGAUUUCAGCUGCACAGCUUUGAGGCCAAAACGCAACGGUUUCACAUAUCCCUGUGGGGUCUUGCAAAUUUCACCGCGCUAACAUUAUUCUACGUCAUCUGCUUUAAUCAGCACUUUUCGCGCUCGCCACUACUAAAGAUUUUCCACGAUGUGUCACCGUUUUUUUGGCAACUAAUACGCGUGCACCUCUUGCUGGGACUUAAGAUAUAUAUAUACCGUAUUUUUACAAUGGCCGUAGUGGGUCGUGCUUGCAAUGGCAUUUCAGGCGUUUGCACACGUGUGUUUGCGCAUAAAUUCAAAUUGGAGGAGGCGUUUGCUUACAUUUUGGUUUUCUCAACGUUUGCGAUCUCACUUUGUUUUGCUGUAUACAUUGCUUAUGAAAUGCAAUUUGAAUUGCCACCUUGGGAUAAUAUAUUCGUAAGUUUUGGCCUAUUCAUUCCGCAUUUCGCUUUAGCCGGUGCUUUAAAGCUGUAUACACUGAAUUGUUGGUUAUUGCGCGAGGAAUUGAGGCAGUUGAAAGUGGGGCUGCAGGACAUGCUGAUGGAGCAAUUAACAACUGACGUCCACAGUGUGGAAAACGGCAUUGAAAUGUCAACAAGUGUCAGCGCCACAAAUGCUUGUGUCAAAAUACCAGCGAAUAAUAUGCAAAAGGAAUUGGCGCAAUACCUUAAACGCUUUGAGCAGUUGGCUGCUGAAGUGGAGCUUGUGAGUGCAGCAUUAAGCAAAGAUAUGCUGCUGCUAUUUUUAAUGAAUAGCAUCUGUCUGCUUGCUGGUGUUUAUGCACUUGUGUACUUUCAAACAAGUUGGCAUUUACUGUUCUCUCCCCCGUGGAACCGUAUAUUCUAUGCCUCUAAUAUUGCUAUUUACGUGCUCAUCUUCUGGGAUUAUACUUGUUUAUGCACAAGUAUAUGGCUUCUCAAUAAAGUGAAAAUUCAGAUACUGGAUGUUGUUCAAGUAGCUAUAAAAUCGAAAGCGCGUUUUGAAAAGGCUGCUCGUGCUCUCCUGAAAGAUAUACGCAGCGCAUUGGCCAUAGAGCUGCGGUUGACUUUGUUUAAACUGGUGGAAGUAAACGCGUGUAGUUUAAUAAUGGUACACGUAAUCGUUGGCAUAAUAAUUUCCCUAGUCGUUGUCUAUCAAUACUUGAGUGAUCAAAUUAUUUCAAUACAUGCUCAGCUGGACACUGCUGACAGCGAUGAUUAGAAUUAAGCCAAACAUAUAAAUAAACUGAGUGUACCUAUGUGUAUGUAUCUGUUCUUUGUGAAGAUAAAGGCAGAAUAUAAUGAUUUCGUUUUAGUUGAAUAAAAAAAAUUAACUACAUUUUGACUUUUAAUACAAAGCUUCCGCUUCCGCAAAAAUCUUUCCUCUAUGCUGAAAUUCAGCAAAAUAUUAUAGUGAUGCCAUAUCUAAUAAUUAUUUAAUUAAUUUUGUUUAUAAUAUACAAAGGUAGAUAAAUAUGACUUCAAAAAUUAACAAUAAGGCAACUGAUAUUUAAGUUUAAAAACAUUAAAUUCACUGAAUAUUAUACAAAUA